AACGUCAAUCACCAGUAUAGUACGAGAUCGAGUUAAUUGACUUUUGUAUUCUAUUGUCACUUAUUUAUGAUAUGAUAGCGAUAAAUAUGUAGACGAUCAAAUUAUCUUGGUCUAAAUAAAAUUACCCUCACUUUCAGUAUAUGUGAUAUCAGUACACUAUUAAGUUGUGCGUGGUAAAGUAAUAAUACAAGCCUCAACGCGAUGCUUUCGUUUUUUAAAAAAAAGAAAAGUGUCAAGACUGCGGAUACAAAUGAGAAUGAAAACGUCGAAAUGCCCAGUGAUAACCCCGUGCUAUCCGCUUUGGAUUUAGGGGAACCACCAGAAGAAGUCCUGGAUUACGCAAGGAACGAGAUUAAUGAAGAUCCCGAUACGAGAGUGCAGAUAAUAGAGGACUUCAGAGAUCUCAUAUACGAGCGUGGAGAAAUCGAGCCGCACAGAACCGAUGACGCUUUCCUACUACGAUUUCUUAGGGUAAAGAAGUUUAACAUUCGACAUGCUUAUAAGUUGAUACGCAACUAUUACGAAUUUAAAGAAGCCAACUCGGAAUUCUUUGAAAACGUAGAUUUGGAGCAUCUCCAGUCAGUCGGCGACGCUGGCGUUAUAACUGUGCCACCGUAUAGAGACCAGACUGGUCGACGAGUACUUCUCUAUCGCUUAGGCUUAUGGGAUCCGAAACAAUUUACCACCACCGAGCUGUUUCAAGCGACAAUGUUAAUUCUGGAAUUGGCAAUUUUAGAACAGCGCGCGCAAAUUCUGGGAGGAAUAGCCAUGUUUGAUCUCGGCGGACUAACUAUGCAACAUUUCUGGCACAUGAGUCCUGUAAUUGCUAAGCAAAUUUUUGAUAUUAUGGUGACUUCGUUUCCGAUGAGAAUCGAAUGUGUACACAUCGUAAAUCAGCCGUGGAUUUUUGAAAUGAUUUUCAACUUCUUUAAACCAUUUUUGAAUGAUCAGAUGAGAGCGAGAGUCAAAAUUCACGGAGAGAACAUGGAGUCGUUACAUGAGGAUAUCGAGCCACAAUUUCUACCUAAAAGGUAUGGAGGUGUUCAUCCAGAUUAUAAUUACACCGAUUGGAUAGACUAUUUUAACGCAACCGAACAAAUCGGCAAAGAAUUGAAGUCUUUAGGGUAUACUGCGAGAGUAGUAGAAGACGACGGGGAUAGAUAAUGGCACCAACUAUAAAUAAUUUUAUAGUAUUUUUGUAUAUUUUGUAAAUUUAUAAACACAUAAUGUAGCUGUAGAUAUACCCAUGUGAUAUUGACAAUGAAUAAGGAUAAUCAAUGUCUAAAAAUAAAAGUACAUAUUUUAAUUAA